ACCUGCUGCUGUCCCUGCACCGGGAGGGGGGCGAGCAGGGAAGUUGGGAGGAGGAAGCGGAAGUCUAGCCCAGUGAAGGCUGCGAAUGGGGACUGGAUCUUCCGUCACUAGGAUCUGUUUCAGGAAACUAACUUACAGCGGCGCCGCCUGGCCCAGCUAGGAACGGAACGGCACCGGGACUGCGGGAAACCCGAGGUCGGCCAUAGAGUCACCAUGGGGGAUAUGAAAACGCCAGACUUUGACGACCUCUUGGCUGCGUUUGACAUACCUGACGUGGACACAAACGAAGCCAUAAACUCGGGGCCCGAGGAUGAGGAGGGACAAGUCAAGUCUUCCAGUGGAGAGAGCUCAGACCCAGGGGUUCCCCAUGGGGACAUCACUGCUGUCAGCGUUAUAGUCAAGAACACGGUGUGCCCCGAUCAGGCCGACCUCUUGGAAAGCCACGGCAAGGAUCCACAAGCCACGGGGCCCCGGCUACUGCAGAACGGCUUCAACAGCCCUGACGUCGGUAGAUCUUCAGCCCUGAGGUCCAUGGAUUCAGCUCCCACAGCUUCCAAUGGUGGCGAGGGUUGGCCGGCACGACUGAAAGGGCCAAAACCCAUAGAGCUAUUCACAGAUUUCAGUGCCGUGGACAAUCCCAUGGACGGCCAUGCUGCCGAUUUGAUAGACAGGCCACGGGAUGUGAAGCCCAAAGACAAGGCAUUGUUCGAGCCUGCUGACCCAGUGCUUUGUUCUCCAUCAGGCAGCGUGGUUGGGGAGAGUAGCCACGGCUCUAGGGGGGCUGGCCAAACCUUAAGUAUAGCGAAGCUCUCAGCUGACAGUGCAUCAUUUGGGCUGGCAGUUGGACCACCUCCCUCAAUCAAGCAGGAGCCGGAGGAUGAUACAACGGGCAAUGAUUGUGCCCAGGGGGAGGAACUGGCCAGGGAAUGCUCAUUGGAGCACCUGAAGUCCGUUUCUGUUCUGUACCCUUCCCAAGAACCCCCUCUUCCCACUUGGUCAGGCCCAGAGAAGAAAUCAGAAGCCCCUAUGAAUAGCGUUGCUCCAACAAAAAGCCCCUCUAGCCACCCAAUGGAUACCUUGCUGCCGAGUUCUCCACCCCCCGAGCCCAAUGUAGAAGGUUCGGAUCUUCCAAAGGAACCCAAGAGCAGCUCUGCGAUUGAGGCGCCGGGAUUGAAGGAGGAGCCAGGAUGGAGCCCUAAAAGCUUGUCCAGUGAUGUAGAGGAAGACGAGAGUAUCAGCUCUCCCUCUUCCAAUUCGUCCAGGCCCCUGAAGGUCCGCAUCAAGACCAUCAAAACCCAGUCGGGAAGCAUCACUAGGACCGUCACCAGAGUCUCCUCGGAUUCCAAUGCCGUCUCGGCAAACCCGACGAAGGAAGAUUCCCCCCCAGAGGCGGGUUCCGAGCCCUCCUCCGAGAAAAGCGCAGAUGCAAAGGAAGAAGUCGUGCCGCCGGCUGAGAAGGACUCGGAACUUUCCAGCCCCACAAAGGCCGAACCAUCCCAGGCUGCCAAGGCACAGCCGGGCAAUGGCACUCCGCUCAAAGGUUCGGUGUUGCCCGUCUCCACCAUCCAGAAUGCCAGCAGUGUCAUGCUCAUGGCGGCCAGCGUGGCGCAGCAGAAAGCCGUGGUUUUGCCUUCAAAGGCCAACAAUGUGAUGACCAAGAACAUCAUCCACCUCGUGCAGCAGCAGCCUCUGGCCAACACCGCCACUCUGGCUAAUGUUACUGUCGCCAACCAGGUGCCCCCCGGCCCCACCGUCACUACCACCCCCAGCCCGCAGCGCAGUGCCACAGUGGUGAUGGUUCAGCCCCAGAAGGCCGCGCCUGCCAUGGCCGGGACGGUUAUCUCCCGCACUCAGUCCAGCCUGGUGGAGACCUUCAACAAGAUCCUCAACAGUAAAAACCUGCUGCCCACUUACAAGCCCAACCUCAGCCCCCCGGCCGACUCCAGCCUGACCCUUCCGGUCUUUGGCUUCCGCUGCCUGGAAUGCGGCGAUUCUUUUGCCCUAGAGAAGAGCCUGGCCCGGCAUUAUGACCGGCGGAGCAUGAGAAUCGAGGUGACUUGCAAUCACUGCACCAAGCGCCUGGUCUUCUUCAACAAGUGCAGCUUGCUCCUGCAUGCCCGGAAGCACAAGGACAACGGCUUGGUCAUGCAGUGCUCGCAUCUGGUAAUGCGGCCCAUUGCGCUGGAGCAAAUGAUUGGGCAGCCCGAUGUCACUCCUCUGGUCUCUGUGGCAGUUCUGACGCCAGGCAAAACCGCUACCCCAGGCCCGGCUCAAGAUGCCGCGGCCACAGCCAGCACAGGGGGGGACUCUGCCAUCCUCCCGGGGAAUGGGGCUUCCGAACAGUCCGUCUACUCCACCUUCAGGUGUCUCGAGUGCAAGGAACAGUGCAAGAAUAAGACCGGCCUGGCACUGCACUUCCAGCAAGCCAUUGGUUCCCCCGCCUCAGGCAGUACGAUCUGCUCUUUGUGCCCCAUGAUGAUGCCCAAUCGCUGCAGUUUUGAGGCGCACCAGCGAAUGCACAAACAGGCCCCGCCCCACGUCUGUCCGGAAUGUGGAGGGAAUUUCCGCAUGGAGAACUUCCAGGCCCACCUGAAGGAAACCUGCCUGCACUACUCCCGCAGGAUAGGCUACAAGUGUCAGAGCUGCGCCGUUGUCUUCGGAGGAGUGAAUUCCAUUAAGUCCCACAUCCAGACGUCUCACUGCGAAGUCUUUCACAAGUGCCCCAUCUGCCCCAUGGCAUUUAAAUCUGCCCCCAGCGCUCAUGCUCACAUCUACAACCAGCACCCAGGGUUCAGCAACCAGCAGGCCAAGAUGAUCUACAAGUGUGCCAUGUGUGACACCGUCUUUACCCACAAACCUCUGCUCUGUUCCCAUCUGGACCAUUCUCACUUUGACCAGCAGCUGGGCAACCAGAGAGUCAGCGUGUUUAAGUGCCCAGACUGCCCCCUGCUGUUUGCCCAGAAGCGCACCAUGCUGGAACAUUUAAAGAAUACCCACAAUAGCGUGGUGAGGGAGGACCCCCCUUCUGUCCAAGAACCCCUCACCCCCAAACCGGAGCCAGUAGAGAUUCCCGUCAGCAAGUUAUCGGAGCCAGCGGAGGAAGCUGAGCCCGAACUUGAGCCUCCGCCGGAACCGGAACCGGAGAUGGAAGACUCUUCAUCUUCAGAGCCGCCGAGUUCCCCAGAGCCCCGUAAGAAAGGGGGCGCCAAGGAGCAGCGCAAGGCAGACGGGCCGCGGCAGAGGAGCAACUGUUGGACUUGUGGGAUAUGUCACUCGUGGUUUCCUGAGAGGGACGAGUAUGUCACCCACAUGAAGAAGGAGCACGGCAAGUCUGUAAAGAAGUUUCCAUGCCGUCUCUGUGAGCGCUCUUUCUGCUCAGCGCCCAGCCUGCGCCGGCACGUCCGCGUUAAUCACGAGGGAAUUAAACGGGUGUACCCGUGCCGGUACUGCACGGAGGGCAAGAGAACCUUCAGCAGCCGCCUGAUCCUGGAGAAGCACAUCCAGGUGCGACAUGGGAUCAAGAUAACGGACCAGGCGAGGAGUCAGGAGAUCUCCGUCUCUCACAUUUCCCAGAAGUCUCAGGAGACCUCAUCCAAGAAACGGAAGCUCUCAUCCGACGACUCUUGCAGCGACGAUUCCCCCAAAGCCAAACACGUCCCCCAGAAACCCAAGCGCCCAUUCCAGUGCCGAGCCUGCGGCUACAAGACCAGCAGCCUGGCGGAUUUCCGGCAGCACAUUCCCCAGCACCGCACCGACGAAAGCGCCCACCAGUGCCGGGAAUGCGGGGUCUGCUUCACCUCUCAGGGCUCCUUAAACCGCCACCGCAUCAUGACGCACAAAAUGAAGGGCGCGGCUGCGGAGGAGGAGGAACCGGAAGCUCCCCAAAAAGUGGAGGAGGGACCUGAUGGGAAGCUGACCUGCCAGGUGUGCAACAAGAGUUUCGACAGCCAAUUGAACCUAAACACGCACUUCAGGACUCACGGCAUGGCCUUCAUCAAACAGAGGCAGAGCGGGGGCACGGAAAACUGAGCGGGUGCCCGUGUAACUGCCAAGCGUGAUUGGAGGGGGGUAACAGACUGGGUAUCUGCAUUACUGCCCUCCAACAGGGCAGAGCAGCCAGGGCCACUACCUGUUACUGCCUGUGCUUGUCCGGCCUCCAGUCAGACAUCAGGAUGGGCACAGGUAGAAUUUGAGAAUUUGAAAGGUGGCACCGGUACCUGUGCCACUCAAACUUCCAGCGUGGCAGAAGGUUAGUCGUAGAAAUCUGUCCGCCAACCCUACACACACACUGGCGCCACAAUCCAACUGAAUGGCCAGGGAGAGCGGUGCCGUGCCAGGGGAGAGCGGUGCCCUGCCAGGGAGAACGGUGCUGUGCCAGUGAAUGCUGCAGCAGUGGGGCGAUAGCUAUUACCCGACAACAAACCCUAAAAGGUGCCUUAUUGUUCCGUCUGUGUCCGGCAUGAACCCUUUAUGUUGUGGCUCAGAGACUGGCACGCCCAGCGCUUCCUAUAUUCCCUGUGCCCGCCCAAUGCCAGGCUGGAAAGCAUGAAACUUCCAGCCAGUGAGGGCAUCCAGCGGGCACUGCUCGGGGCGCACUCUCCGUACCAGUCGCUGCAGUCUAUGAGAUAUAAAACAAUUCCCCCCACUCCCCAUGAAGGAGCCUCUCUAUCAGGCCUCCCCUCAGGGAGGGGGCAAAAUCUGUAAAUAUGUAAAUACCUCCAUUAUAAAUAUAUAUUUUUCUGCACAGAAUUUUUUUAGACCCGUAGAUGGGAUCCACUUCUCUCUCCUUGUGUGCGAGUAUAUUUUAUACUGACAGUUAUCAUUUACCCUAGUUGAGCAUCUUUUGCCCCAGCCGCAGGGCUACAAUGACUGGAAUGCCCCCCCUGUGUCUCACCGCGUGUGCUGAUAAUAUUAUGUUUUACAUUAGAGACCCCUUUAUGUUCCUUACAACCAGACACACAAAAUGUGGACUUUGGUUCCUUACAGAUCACAGAUAACCAACCGGAGGCGGCCUAUCGAGUCCAGCACCACUGUAACAGGCCGACUCCUGCCGACACAUUUAUGAUCCAGCCCUGGAAAUCAUGGUUUAUGUUUCAGAGGGUUUUUUUUUCCCUUUUUUUACACUAAAAUAAAGGUGAUUUGUGAAAAUGGA